CCAAUCAGCUCUCGGCUUGCUGGUCGGCCCCGCCCCCCGCUUCUGCACAUGUGUAUGGUGCUGGGGCUUCAUCCAUGAUUCCUGGGUGUAGGAUUGUGACCAGAAGACUCUUCAACCUGAGACAUUGUCUGUCUUCCCUAAACCCCAGCUGUCAUCCUCGCCACCUCUCUCAGUCAGGCCAUUGUAACGUUUCCAUGGAUUUAAAGGGAGUUUUAGGGGUUCUUGAGCAACUGGCUCCACUCUCACUGGCAGAAUCAUGGGACAAUGUCGGCUUAUUGGUUGAACCCAGCAGACCACGGCCCAUCAAAACCAUCCUCCUCACCAAUGACCUCACGUCUGCCGUCAUGGACGAGGCUGAGGAGAUGGCAUGUGACCUUGUCAUCUCGUACCACCCACCUCUAUUCCGGCCUUUCAAACGACUGCUCCAAAAAGACUGGAAGCAGCGAUUGGCCGUCAGAGCUGUAGAAGGCGGGAUUGCAGUCUUCUCCCCACAUACAUCAUGGGACAGCGCCAAAGACGGCCUUAAUGACUGGCUGAUAGGAGGAUUGGGUCAUGGACAAGUGUCCGUAUUGAGCCAAGCUCUCUGCAGCGCCCCUCAGAGGCAUCGGGUGGAGUUCACUGCUGGAAGUCAAGUGGAGCUCGACAGUAUCUUGAAGCUGCUGAAGGAGACAGAAAACAGUGAAGCAUUUCAGUACACUCUGCUUAGGAAUGAGGAGGGCGGUCAGCAAGUGAUCCUGACCUGUCCCGGCUCAGCUCUGACCCCUGUCGUUCAGACUGUGUUAGGAAAUGUCUCAACCAGCCAGUCCCUCAGCAUCACGCAGGUCCAGCAGAACCCUAUGCUUGGCUGUGGUCAAGGACGACAUGUGGUUUUGGACGAGCCUCUCUCUGUGGGCGUGGCAGUGCAGAAAAUGAAGACGCACCUCGGCUUGCCUCACCUCAGACUUGCCCUGGGAGAGCAGAAAACAUUAGAUGCUGUUGUGAAGAGUGCAGCAGUGUGUGCUGGCUCAGGAGCUUCUGUCCUACAGGGAGUCAAGGCAGACCUCUACAUCACAGGUGAGAUGUCCCACCAUGAGGUCCUGGACGCUGUCGCUAACGGAACCAGUGUGAUCCUGAGUGACCACAGCAACAGCGAAAGAGGCUUUCUGACUGUGAUUAAACAGCGUCUGGCCAAUCAUCUUCCAGAUUCUGUUACUAUAGCGAUCUCCAAAAGAGACCGAGACCCGCUGGAGGUGGUCUGACACUCGUGGACCCUCAAGAAUUAUCCCAUAACUCCCAUACCAUCCCAUGCUUUAUCAAGUAAAUUGGAAUUGGAGUCACUUUAAAUACAGCAGUAACAACAUGGAUUUCAUUAACAUAUAAAACAAAUACAAGUUACAUUUUGAUCAAGAAGCUGUUAAAUAAAUAUGUUUAGAUUAAAAAAAGGUUAAUAAAUAUACUACAAUUGUC